AUGUGUGUGUCAAUUUUUGAAGUUAAUGCGGAUGUUAAUGUGAAUAUGGAUCUUCAUAUGGAUCUUCAUUUUGAUAUUAAUGUGGGUAAUGAUAUGUAUUGUGAUUUCCAUGUUGAGGUUGAUGUGCAUGUGGAUGUUGGUGUGAAAAAGGAUGUAGAUGUUGAUGUAUAUUUUGGUAUGGAUGGGGAUGUGGAUGAUGAUAUGGAUGCUGAUUUGAAUGUUGAUGUGAAUUUUAAAGUGGUUGAUGAUAUAGAUUGUGAUGUGGAUGUAGAGGUUGAUGUGCAUGUGGAUGUUGAUGUGGAUGCUGAUUUGAACGUUGAUGUAAAUUUUAUAUAUAUGUUGAUUUUCGGAGUUAAUGUGGAUGUUAAUGUGAAUGUGGAUCUUCAGGUGAAUCUUCAUAUGGAUCUUCAUUUUGAUAUUAAUAUGGGUAAUGAUAUGGAUUGUGAUGCCUAUGUUAAGUUUGAUGUGUAUGCUAAGGUUGGUGUGAAAAAGGAUCUAGAUGUUGAUGUUUAUUUUGAUAUGGAUGGGGAUGUGGAUGGUGAUAUGGAUGCUGAUUUGAAUGUUGGUGUGAAUUUUGAUGUGUCAUUUAAUUUUUGA